GUUAACACUGGCUUUUUCAAUUUUCUUUAUCCGUUUUUCAUUCAAAUUUGGAAAACAGUUCAAUAAUUAGCAAUUUGUUAUGAAAAUCAUUUUGCGUCUGAAGAAUUCUCAAAUUCGCCUUAAGCCUUUGCUAAAAGGAAUAAAUAAAAAGAAAAUUUACGAUGGAUAAUAAAAGCACUAUGACGCUACGCUCUUCGAACAAGGUGCGCCAAUCCAUCGCCUACACCGAGGAUAAUGUAGCGGUCUACAAUGUGAUGAUUGAAAAAUUGUCAAAUAAUAUCCAACUCAAACAUAUAAGACAGCAUUUUUCUAAAUUUGGUCAAAUUAAAGAUGUAUAUAUAACGUACGGUAAGACGCGCCGUACACCAGCCCAAUGCAUUAUAAAGUAUCAGAACGUGGAAGGAGCGAGCGCCACUUUAAAGAAACGUCAUCAUACUCUGAAUCAUCAACGCAUAAUAGUAAAGGCGUGUCCUAGUUGGGAGCAGCCGUUUGAAAUGGAAUGUCCUUCAAUGGAAAACAACUGUCUGAGUUUAGUCUUGCUCAACGACUAUUGUUUAGAGGAAAUCUUUAAAAAACUUGAUUUGCGUCAGCAAAUCCGCUUAUCGCUUUGUCAUCCACGUCUGAAGCAGGUAUUCAUGCAAAUGAUCUGUCCACGUCUUCCGCGCCAUGUCAAUUUUGAAAGGCUCUGGUAUUAUUCAACUUGGGAGCUGCGGCAAUUUUUCUACACUGUUGGAUAUUACAUAGAGAGCAUUUUAGUUGGCCGAAGAUAUCUCACGCUUUCUGCUAAGAAUAAUAGUUGUACUUUCAUGAAAGAAUGUAAUAUGCGUGUAAGGCGCCUACAUAUAAUGUCACUGUAUUCCUGGGUUUAUAUUGACUUUCUCAAUGCACUGAGCCUCGACUAUAUUACCGAGCUGGAAUUGUACAAUUGCAAUUUGUGUGAUUUUGAUCUAGAAUGUUUAAGGAAAUUGCGAAAUUUACGCGCUCUUGGCCUUGCCUGCAAUCAUCGUAUAGAAGGCAUACAUUUGAUGUUAUUUUGUAAAUUGGAACGAUUAAGCUUAUAUGGGUGUGAGAGUAUCACAGACGAAGUGCUUAUGUGGUGUUGCCAACAUCUGCAGCUGAUCUAUUUGGAUAUACGCAUGACGGAUGGCAUACAACAACCGGAAAAGUGCAUUGAGUAUUGCAAAACAUUGGAUACAUUGAAGGUAUCAUGUGUAGGUGAUGCCAUCGCCAAAAGUAUUGAAAAGCUACCAAAGUUAAAGUCCUUAGAAGUACGGCAUUUAAAAUCGGCGAGUAUGGCAUCAAUUUUUUAUAGUACUUUAGCCGACUAUCAUGCUGACGAUUUAUUGGAAUUAAAAUUAAGCGGUCAAACGUGCAUAAUGUUCCCCUCAGUUGGUAUAAAUAUUGCACGUCUUCACAAGUUGCGUACUUUAUGGCUGGGAGAUGAUGAAUUUAACGUUUCAAAGGAACUAAUCGAAAAACUUUCAAAUCUGAGUGACUUGGAGGAGAUCAGCUUGCCUUAUUCCACCUACAUAAGAGAUAAAUAUUUGCUUCCUCUAAUAAGAACAUGUACAAAAUUAAAACGUAUAAAUUUACGCAUGUGUCGACAUGUAACAAAGAAUCUGAUAUGGAAUACUUUGGAUAUCCUACAGCAGCGCGCUGCGGCGACAAAAGUGUCACCAAUGACACAAAAAAUCAGGAAAACAAUUGCCCAACCCCUUGUCAUGUUGGUGCAUGGUACACGCAUCCGAAAAGAUAUUUUGCAGUCUACCACUUAUCAAAAGGGUCAGCAUCUGCUGAAAUUGUUAUUUCAUGGCGAUAAACCGCUUAUGGGUCUAACUAAUGAAGGCACUCCAUUCGAUAUAAACGAUUCUGCUGUUAAUUGUAAUACACCGGAAGAUAGUGAUUCGUAUAGUGAUGGGUAUAGUGAUGCGUAUAUUGAUAGUGAUUCAGAUGAUGACUUCGAUUAUUAUUAUGGAUGAAGAGCGUAAUAUAUUUUUAAUACAAUUUUUAUUUAUUUUUUUUUGAUGAAAUGGAAUCAAAACCCUGAAUUUAUGCUGUAUUCGUAACAUAAAGGAAACAUGAAAUUGAUUACUACAUUUAAAUAUUACGAUGUACAAAUAUCUUUACAAAAACUAGAUUAAAUUCAUUCUUAAUGAAUAGUUACAGAUAAAAACGCGUUAAUUUAGUUUUUUUCGACAUAGAUUUUUCAUUUCUCUUUUUAAAGGUUACAUGAAUUCCUUCUUGAGUUUCAUUGAAAAUGUAUGUACAGUACGAUUUAAAUGUUAGCAUGUAGCUUAUUCUAAUAUUAUAAUCCCAUGGUUUUUAUGAAAAUAUAGUUCAUUCUUUAACUGAAACCAUAUAAAGAAAAGUGUCGCAUCUUAUAUUAAAUUUCUAAAAAUUCUGAUAAAAAAGUUUGGAAAUACGAUGAAUUUUAUAGAAAGUAUAUGAUUUUUGAAUGAACUUUAUUUAUUGACAAAAAAAUGUUAAUGAAAAAUAUUUGAAUAUUAUAUUAGAACAAGGUGUAUGCUAACUUUUGACGCUGUUCGUAUCUACAUACAUAUACGUUAUGUUUCAGAGCGAAUUCAAAACAAGGUACAUACAUAUGUAUACGUAUGUAUAAGAAAUUAUUAUUUUUUUAUCACUCACUAUAGCAUUAUGAGUAGCUUUAGUAAUACAUCCUAAAUAAUAUAGUCAUAUAAUAUAAGUAAUAAUAAAACAUUGUUUUUGUUGCAUAAAUAUGAAAUUUUAUUAGCUUCAGUGCAAUUGGUGUUAGGUGAGCUUUUUUACUGCAGUUACAGCAAAUUGUGAUGGAUUGAUAAGCUCCUCCUUUUUUGAAGUCGGUGAAAAACCUGCAUAAAUACGCAAAAUUGUUAUUUUGCAUUAAGUUUAAAG